AUGGCCUUUUUAGCUCUUUUCGUUCUCCUGCAGACGAAAGCUGGGAUGACACCGCGGGUGGCAGCAGCGUUAAGGUUCGACGGACAACAAGCCUUGCCCGUUGUACCCCAGGAUGAUAUUUACACCCCUGAGACUGAAUCUCUGCCCAACGAUACAGCGUUGGUGUGGAGGCGGUUGGAUUUACUCAACAGUAAGGACAGGGUCCAAAAAGCGGAUCCGUCCAGUGUGGAUGCGUUAGUGCCCGCAAUAAAGAGAUCGUUCGGGAAACAGCCAUGGGAAAAGACUAAGAGACAAUAUUCACCUGAUGUAACCCGGCCGUAUGCACGAGCCUCAAGGAAACAACAGUAUCAGCACAAAACCCAUCACCAACAUUAUAAUUAUUAUCACCCACAUUAUCAUCACAGUAAUAAGCUUCACCGACCAACAAAUCACAAAAAUCAUAGUCAUAGCUUUAAUAAACCAGCUUCCCAGAAGAAAGGCAAAUAUGAAAAUGAGGGUCAAGUUGGGACGAACGGGGGUGGCCAGGAGUCUGUAUACCAUCGGUCGAGGAGAUCUGCGGACACGGACAAAGAAUUUGAGGAAUUGGAUCCUUUAGAACGAUUGUCGCGUGUUUUUGGUAUCAGACGGCUUCCGUCUCAGAACGGGCCGUUUCCUACGCAAAUACCUCCCGAAUAUAUGACCAGGCUAUAUCGCAGCAUUACUGAUAUUGGAGGAUUGUCGAAGACAAAUGGUCCCUACAAUGCGGAUAUUGUACGCAGUUUUCCGGACAGAGGUAGGUUCAUUUUUUUCCCCCUUUGUUUCAUUUUGUUAACGAUAUGA